UGUCAGACGAGACGACAAUCUGCUGGCGAGUCCAGUCUGCGUGCCUCGGUCUUCGUUGUCGAACCCAACCAAUAUCCUGCACACUGAGGAUUUCUAGAAGUGACACAUCAGCCCUGUGGAUAAACCCUUGCGCUCUAUCUUCCGCCGCCAUGCCACAACCGGAACGCGCUGUAGGCCAUCCAAAGCGCAGGUAUACGUCCAAAGCAUGCGAGGAGUGCCGGCGCCGAAGAGCCAAGUGUGACGGCGAGCGACCUGUUUGCGCCCGGUGCUCCGAGCGCUCCCUCAAUUGCCUCUACAGAAGUGAGGAGGAUGGCCGCAAACCUGCCUCGAAGUCAUAUGUCCAGCUUCUGAGGAACAGAAUAAACUUGUUAGAAGCGGUACUGCAAUCCCGCUCUAUCGAUAUUGAGGCUUCUGUUGCUCAACUCUCAACCACAGGGGCAGCACCUCAGCUGCCCUCGGUCAUCAAUCUUUCGGCAAGCAGCAGUGAUGCUGGCCUGAGCCCUUCGGCUUUCGAUGAUCUCUGUGCGACGUUUGAAGGGGCUCUUUCCCUUGAUGUGGCCGUAAACUACGACCAGGAUGGCGAAAUGCGGUACUUCGGGCCUUCAAGUGGUCGGCUGGAGUUCCAAAGCGAAUCCACGCCCGAAAACGAGGAGCAUGGGAACAGCCCCACAACCACAAAAGCUGUCGAGAAAAAUCGCUUCAUCCUACCGUUAGAAGUCGAAGUCUAUCCGGAAGAUCUCCAAACAGAGUUGAUCGACCUCUUCUUCGAGUAUCAGAGCCCCUGGUGUCAGGUUGUUGAUGAGAAGCUGUUCAGAGAAAGCAUGAGGACACAAGGUCGCUACUAUAGCCCAUUGCUGCUCAACUGCAUUCUUGCUUUAGGGUCUCGCUACUCCGACAGGGUUGAUAUCCGCUCCGAUCCCGCUGACCAGAAUACGGCUGGGAAGCCGUUCGUGCAGAAAGCCGAAGUACUGUUGCACUACGACAUAAAACGACCGACCAUUACAACUCUUCAGUCAAUGUCAAUUCUGGUAGGAGUCUAUGUGGCCUACGGCUGUGAUGCAGCAGGGUGGCUUCACCAGGGGAUGGCAAAUCGACUCGCCCUCGACAUGGGGCUCAAUCUUGAUGCUGCAUCUUUGAGUGGCACGUUUCACAUGUCAAGCGAAGAGAUAGAGUUGAGACGGCAGGUAUACUGGUCGCUGUACUGUGACGACAAGCUUACCGCGAUCUACACUGGACGGGUCUGUAGCUUGCUGGUAAGCUCUAACCCUGCAGCUGUCAAGGCGAGAGAGUCAGUGAUACUAAUCAAGAUUCAACUACACAGGAUGUCCAGGGUGCCGUGAAUC